AUGGGCCGCGGCUGCGGAGCGAGGAGGGAGAGCGGCCACCGAGACACACAGCGCGGGAGAGAGGACCGCGCGGGCAGGGACGAGGGGCAGCACGGCCGAGCCCGGCCGCGCGGAGCCGCCCCCGCCGCUGCCCACCUGCCCCGCCCGGGAUCCUCGCGGCGCGGGCGGCUGGGCUCGCUCCCGGCCCGCAGUUGCGACCGCUGCCCCCGCCCUCCUGGCAGCCCAGCCCCCUCCCUCCUUCUUUCCCCCCUCCUCCUGUCUUCUCGCCGCCCGGGGAGGCUUCGGGGCUCCGGCCCCGCCGGCACCUUCUCGGCGAGCGAGCGCCCGCCUGCGCGUCCGCCAGCAGCGCGUCCCAGGGGAGGGAGCGAGGGCUGCGCGCUGCGCGCCGGGCCGGGGAGGGCAGCGUCGCCCCCCGCGCGGGCCCCCGACUGCUGCCCGGGGAGGCGGUCUCGCGAGCCGCCGCAGGCCGCUCGGGCUCGGGACCAGACGAGCCUCCGGCUCAGACAAUGUGCCAGUUCAGGAGCCCGCGCGGCUCGUCCCCGGCCCAGACCGGUCCCACUCUGCCCCUCCCUGUCCCUGCCAGGCUCGGACCUGCGCGGCCCGCGAGGGCUGGAAGGCACUGGGAGCGCCGCCGGGGCUGCCCAGAGGCCGGGUCCCUGCUCCACUUUGCGCAAACUUGUUUUUCUAAGGUCGGCGCGGCGAGCUGGCUACAUCGUCUUCUUAAGGUGGACUGGCGAAGUUGCGGCCGACCUCCCUUCGCCUCCGGACUCCGGCCGCGCGGCUAGUCCCCGCUGCCCGCUGGCGAGAGGCUGGAGGCGGCGAAGGAGUCGGGGAGUGAGGCGCGGGGGUGGGGGGUGCCUGCCUUUGCCCCUCCACAAGAGGCCGUGCCCCUGAGCCCAAAGCUGGACGCCCCUCUUGGGGGUGGGUGCGGGCCGAAGGGGCCCCGAUCCUUUCAGAGCCCGGCCGAGGUGAAGGAAAAGGAGGAAAGGGCACAAUCUGUCAGCCAAUCCUGCCUGCUGGGCCUUCCUAUCACAUCCAGAGCCAAACCACUUCUCAGCACCUCUGCUGCUCCCGCCCUUGUCUGAGCCUCCACCGCUCUCACCUGGUGCCCUAUUUCCACCUGGUGCCUUCUGUCUAUUCCUCACUCAGCAGCCCGUGGAAUCCUUGCACAGAAGUCAGAUCACAUUCCUUCCCUGUCGUCAAAGGAAGAAAUGAGCACAAGGAGGAGAAGAUCAGGGGCUCGGAAGCCAAGAUUUUGCCAAUUUGACUUAUGCAAAAAAAAAAAUGUUUGAGCCUCAAUCUUUUCAUCUGUGAAAUAGGAAUAACAAACUCUGAUACGAGGGGUCAAUAGUGACGAGGAUGUGAAAGCAGCCGUGAUGUCAUGGUGGGGCCUCUCUGGAGGUCGGCCUAGGCCUUUGGCACCCUCGUGUUCUAGGCCCUUUGAGAUACGUUAUCUUACUGAAGCCUCAGCAACUCCGGGGGUUCCCAGAGGUGAGGAAACACGUCCAGAGAUGGCACGACUUGACCAGGGCCACCCUGUGGGGCAUGCUGGCACCUGCACAGCCCAGUUCCACCUGCCCACGCUCUGCUCCCCACUUCCCACAACCCUGGGCUGGCGUCAGCAGGCAGGCCUGCCAGACUGCCUUUGUGUGGGGCCGGUCAGGAGGCUGGAGUUGCCAACGACCUAUUUUUCUGGGCAAGAAGAGCCAUUUGGAGUUAGAGGUCUCAGCUGUGGAGCCAGAACAGUUAAAAAAAACAGCAUGGACUCCUGGGCAGCCUGGACCAGGGAACCAACUGGCCCAAGCGGAGCUGUUGAGCAGGCUGGAGAGCAGGCGGGGCUUCGGGGACAGGAGGUGGGAGUGGCCUUACUGAGCCCCUGCUACAUCCAGUAGGGGUAAUCUCAGUUGUGUGUGUGUGUUUUUUUUUUUUUUUUGAGAUGGAGUCUUGCUCUGUUGCUCAGGCUGGAGUGCAAUGGCGUGAUCUCGGCUCACUGCAACCUCUGCCUCCAGGGUUCAAGCAAUUCUCCUGCCUCAGCCUCCUGAGUAGCUGGGACUACAGGCAACUACCAUGCCGCCCUGCUGAUGUGUUGUAUUUUUAGUAAAGACAGGUUUCAUCGUGUUAGCCAGGAUGGUCUCGAUCUCCUGACUUUGUGAUCCGCCUGCCUCAGCCUCCCAAAGUGCUGGGAUUACAGGCUUGAGCCACUGUGCCCAGCCUGAACUCAGUUUUCCAAACAAUAACAAUUCCCAUCUGUUUGGCAUCUACUAUACGUUACAGACUUGUGACAUUCAUACCACACCUGGGAGGGGGAGCUAAUAAUUCCCUCAUUUUACAGAUGAGGCAGCUGAGACGUCAGGAGGCCUCUGCUCACACGCCACCUCCUGGAGAGGCCUUGCCAGACCACCCUGUUAGGCACCCCCACCCCUGCCCAGCAUGCCCCACCCUCUCCCCAAAUUUAUCUCCAUAGCCUGUAUCACAACCUGCUAAUGUUGUGUGUCUCAUUGCGUUCUGUUUGUCUCCCUAACUAGCUCCAGGUCAGUUUAUCCUAGGGACUUGCACUCCAGUGAUCUCUCAGACUAGCCGCCCAGGGCAAGUUAUUUUGAUGGUCUGCUCUUCCUUUGGGCUAAUGAUAGGACCCUACCUGAGAGGUUUCUUCUAAGGGUUACAUGAGUUAUUAUAGGUUAAGUGUUGGCCACUGCCAUUGUUUUGUCCUAGAGCUGCAGCCCCAGGUCUUCAACAGUAAACAGGUUGUCGAUAAAUACGUAUUAAAUUUAAAAAGUGGGCUGGGCAUGGCGGCUCGCACUUGUAAUCCCAGCACUUUGGGAGGCAGAGAUGGGAGGAUUGCUUGAGCCCAGGAGUUCCAGGCUGCAGUGACCUAUGAUUGCUCCACUGCACUCCAGGCUGGGCAACAGAGCAAGACCCUGUCUCUAAAAUCAUAAUAAUAAUACAUUAAAAUAAUGAGUAAGUAAAUGAAGUGCUCUGCUCACGAUCCGAUCGCAGGAUAGGGAGUUGGCACAGCCUGGAUUUGAA